AUGGACCCGCCGCCGCCGCCGGACCCGCCUCGAGCGGCACCGCCUCCGCCACCGAACUCGUCGACAUCGGCCGCGUCGCGCGGGGAAGAUUGCGUGGGCGUCGGCGGGACGCUCUCGUGGACGACGUCCACGGACUUUACCCCCGUCCCUCCGCCGCCGCCGCCGGCGUCGAAAAACGUCGCCCCGAGAGGCGUGGACUUGCGGGACGCGAAGGACUGGGAAGACUACGUCCACACGCGCUGGUCCAUCGCCGGCCGCGGGGACGAUCAGCCCGUGCUCACGCCGCACGCGCUCGACGGUCUGAGCUUUCCGGUCACGCUCGCGAGGGCGUUGCAGCUCGAGAGCGUGCGCGGAUCGAUCGCGGCGGCGAGGAGGACGUCCGCCUCCGCGGCGGCGGCGCCGCUGACGAUCGUGAUCGCCGGCGCGUCGAGUAAAACGGAGCAGUUCCUCCUCGAGCACACGCGGUACUGGGAGGAAGUUCCCAUCUGCGCGCCGCAGCCCGGGUCCGGCGGCGGCGGGGAGAUCCACCUCGUAUUCGUCGGCCCGGACGCGCGCGAGGACGCCGCCGCCGCGGCGCCGCCGCGACGGCUGUCUCCCGUGCUCACGGCGAGCGCGCGGCGCGGGACCGUGGGCGCGUUCCUGUCGCGCGAGCUGCCGGACGGGCACCCCGCGGUGGUCGUGGGGUUCAACACCGGCAUGGGCGGCGGCGGCGGCGACUUAGCGCGCGCGUGGGCCGGAGAUCUCGUCGAGAUUUUAUCGCGCGAGCACCUUCCGAUGGUGCUCACCGCCGCGAACGAUUACGCGGACCUCCGAGGCGAGGUCGCGGUGUUCCGCGCGCUGGGCGCGCCGCGCCGAACCCUUUCGCGCGUUCACGCACACGGUCGCCGCGCGCGGGGACGGGCUCGAGACGCGCGCGGACGGCGCGGGCAUGGACGAGCGAAGGAUGGAGAGCUGCGCGAACGCGUUUUCGUACGUCGUGCGCGGGUUCCAGCCGGGGAAAGGCAGAGAGAGCGGGCUGAGCGACGACGUGCUCGGCGCGCUCGCGGCGAAAGCCGCGGAGCGCGCCGCGGGGGAGAAAUGGGACGCGCUGGGGAUGCGACGUUAAGCGAGACGACGACGACGUAG